GCGGCUCCAGGAAUUACUGAGGAGGUUUUUAUUCGGCAGAAUAAGACUCAUCCCGUCCUUAUCUUUUUUUUUCCACCUUACACGCGGUUUUUGCAAAGAUGAACGUUGCCUGCGUCAUCCUGGCGUGCACCUUACUUGCGGGCGCAUCCUCGGGGAAUAAGGCAGGCCAGCCACUCAAACCCCCGUGCAGACCGGGUUUCUCCCAGAACUUCUACACAGUGAUUGUCUCGAGAGAUGUACUGCAUGGCCAGAGCAUUCUCAAAGACACCACCCUUUCGAGUGAACGGGUGAGGUUUGAGGAUUGCCAGCGCAGCAGAGAUGUGGGCUUUGUCAGCAGCGACCCCAAUUUCAGCGUGAGACCUGACGGGGCGGUGUAUGCAGAGCAGGAAGUGGCCAACCUGUCAGAGCCCGUCCAGUUCAUGGUGACGGCCCGGGGGCUCCAUGACCCACACAUCUGGGAGACCACCGUUAAGCUGGCCUUGGCUGGACACCCCCAUUCUCUACCACUUACAAAGGUUGGCAUCGAAGAAAUGUUGUCAAGAAUGUGGGAAUCCCAACCCAGAGUUAUCAAGUUUCCUCGAAGACAUCAGAGAGGCUCCUCUGCCAACGGGCUGAGGCGACAGAAGAGAGACUGGGUCAUCCCGCCCAUCAAUGUGCCUGAGAACUCCAGAGGCCCCUUCCCUCACAUGCUUGUCAGAAUCCGCUCAGAUCAGGAUAAGGAUGUCGGCAUCCGCUACAGCAUCACAGGAGCAGGAGCCGAUCAGCCCCCGAGUGGCAUCUACAACAUAGAUCCCAUCAGCGGCAACAUGUUUGUCACUCAACCCCUGGACAGAGAGGAGAGAGCCUCCUUUCAUCUGCGAGCGCAUGCAGUGGACAUGAACGGUAACCAGGUGGAGAAUCCAAUCGAUCUGUACAUCUAUGUGAUCGACAUGAACGACAACAGGCCUGAGUUUCAGAACCAGGUGUACAAUGGCUCCGUGGCUGAAGGGUCCAAACCAGGCUCAUCUGUGAUGCAGGUGACAGCCACCGACGCGGACGACUCCACCACAGCAAACGGCAUGGUCCGAUACAGAAUCCUCUCUCAGACACCCCACAGCCCCAUCCCCAACAUGUUCACCAUCAACAGUGAGACUGGAGACAUCGUGACAGUGGCGGCCGGCCUGGACAGAGAGAAAGUGUCUCAGUACACUAUCAUCGUCCAGGCGACAGACAUGGAGGGCAACUUGAACUUUGGUUUGUCCAACACAGCCACAGCUCUUAUCUCCAUCACUGACAUCAAUGACAAUCCCCCAGAACUGACAGUCAGGACGUUUUCUGGAGAGGUGCCAGAGAACAAAGUGAACGUGGUGGUGACCAACCUGACAGUGGUGGACAGGGAUCAGCCCCAUAGCCCCAACUGGAAUGCUGUCUACCGCAUCGUCAGCGGCGACCCCUCUGGGCACUUCACCAUCCGCACCAACCCCAUCACCAACGAGGGCAUGUUGACAGUGAUCAAGCCGGUGGAUUUCGAAAUGAACCGUGCUUUCAUGCUGACCGUGGUGGUGUCUAACCAGGCCCACCUGGCCACCGGCAUUCAGUCCUCUCUCCAGUCCACUGCAGGAGUCACCAUCUCGGUUCAGGACGUGAACGAACCUCCCGUCUUCCCUGUAAACCCCAAGAUGAUCCGCUUUGAGGAGGGCGUUCCAGCAGGGACCACUCUGACAGUGUUUGCUGCUCAAGACCCCGACCACUUCAUCCACCAGAUCGUCAGGUACUCCAAGCUGUCAGACCCAGCGAACUGGCUGAAGAUCAACAGGACCAACGGUCAGAUCACCACCAUGGCCCUCCUGGACCGAGAGUCCAUGUACGUUAAGAACAACGUGUACGAGGCCACGUUCCUGGCAUUCGACAAUGGUAAGUCUGGCUCGCCUCAAGCCAGCGGGACAGGAACCCUCCAGAUCUACUUGAUCGACGUCAACGACAACGCUCCGGUGCUGAUACCCCGGGAGGCCCAAGUGUGCGAGCGUGCGCGCCCCAACUCCAGGAUCAACAUCACGGCUUCAGACGCUGACGCCGACCCCAACGUGGGGCCCUUUGUCUUCGAGCUGCCUUCUUUUCCUGCCAACGUUCGCCGCAACUGGACAAUUUCCAGGCUGAGUGGCGACUACGCUCAGCUCAGGCUGAGGAUUCCUUACCUGGAGGCCAGUGUGUACGAGAUCCCUGUCAUCGUGUCCGACUCGGGAAACCCUCCUCUGUCCAACCGCUCCGUGAUCAGAGUCAAAGUGUGUCCCUGUGACGAUAACGGAGACUGCAGCGCCACAGGGGCCGUGGCAGCCGCUGGACUAGGCACCGGGGCCAUCAUCGCUAUACUCAUCUGCAUCAUCAUACUGCUGAGCAUGGUUCUGCUGUUUGUGGUGUGGAUGAAGCGCAGAGAGAAGGAGCGGCAGGCAAAGCCUCUGUUGAUCGACCCUGAGGAUGAUGUCAGAGACAACAUCCUCAAGUACGAUGAGGAGGGAGGAGGAGAGGAGGACCAGGACUAUGACCUGAGCCAGCUGCAGCAGCCCGAGUCUCUGGACCACAUCAUCAAUAAGCCGGCAGGAGUGCGCAGGGUGGACGAGAGGCCUGUGAUCACUGAGUCUCAGUACCCGGUCAGACCCAGUCUGCCUCACCCCGGAGACAUCGGGGACUUCAUUCAUGAUGGUCUGAGGGCAGCAGACAAUGACCCCACGGCUCCUCCCUACGACUCCCUGCUGGUGUUCGACUACGAGGGCAGCGGUUCCACCGCCGGCUCCGUCAGCUCACUCAACUCCACCAGCUCAGGGGACCAGGACUACGACUACCUCAACGACUGGGGGCCUCGCUUCAAGAAGCUGGCCGACCUCUACGGAGGAGGGGACGAUGACUGAGAGCGGUGCAGGGGGCUGGGCGGGGGUCAGGAGAGGCAGGGUCGUACGGAUGGACGCUCCUGGGAAAUGCGGGCAGGGGCCAGGAACAUGACGCAGGCUCCAUGGUGGACAUGUGAGGAACAGACCCUUACAUGGGCUGUGUCACUUUGCUCACAGCAGCCAUGCCCGCAAACAUGAAUUCCGCUGCAACGCAACUGUAUUCUGGCUUUAUAUUUUUUUGUGGCGAGUUUUGUAGUGCAAUGUUUUGUUUUGUUUUGUUUCUUUUGGUUGUUCUCUCAGAUCGCUGGACCCGGAGCUCUCUGGGGACAAAUCAAGGCAGUCGAGAGAAACUAGUGAAUUUGUGCUUUGAUUGAUUGUUAAAACAGAAUCAUCUCUUGCUUUAGUCUCACACUGAAGAGAAUGUGUUCAGGAAGACGCUCUCUGACUCUCUCUCUCUUUCACUCUGUCAACUUGAAUUUCCUUAGAACAGAAGCACUGUCAUUUUUAUAAAGUGCCUUUUGUGGUGUGUUUUUGUAUCAGACUCCUGCUAUCUCAGGAUCGGUUGCCAGUCGUGAAGUACAGUGAAGGCACGUUCGCUCGCGGCCUACCUGCGCUCCUCAAACCAGCCCUGCCUGUCACUCUCCUCUCCCCCUCACAGUGGUGUAGACGAACAACCCCAGCAGCCACUCGCAGGAGGGAAGGACACAACCAGGGCGGACUCUCCUACAUCAAAACCCAAUGAAACGUGGCCGAAAAGAAGCCAAUGAGCGUUGUUGUGGAUGCAGACAACCCUCUUCUCCAUGAUCCUGCUCAGUUUGACUUCACAAGCAUCACCUGUCGACACAACCACAGCAACACGCUGACAUUGGCGUGAGACCAUUUUUAUACACGUGGGGGUUUUCUAAUUUAGCGGAGAAUGCCUGCCUUUCCUCUUUGGACUCAUGACGUUAGGAGCCUUUAUUUUGAGAUGCUUGCCUGCCCUGUAUGGUUUUGUGUUGCUUUCUCCACAGUGUAAAGCUUAUGUAGGCAUGAUCUGAUUAGUCAGACAGUGUAAGAAAGUGGAGCUUGAAAUGACUCGGAACAAAGGCAUCUGAUAAAGAUUUCUUUUGUGUUUUUUUCUGUCGCCUUGAACAUUCCUGUUUUUUAUAGGCCAAACAAAACUAUUAAAAGGUGCAUGUUUUUUUUUUUCGAAAUGUUUUACUCAAAGCACUUGUUACUAUGUGGUGAGAAUGUGAAAAUAGUCAGCAGAAACUAUAUGAAUAUACUCUGUAUAAAGACACUGAGAAAAUAAAAAUACUGUAAGAUACCUAUUUUUGAAGUAUUGAUGACAUUAAAGUUGCUGCUCUUUUUCUCCAGCUCUUCAUCGGGCUGAGGGGAUUUUUGGCCCAUUCAUUAUUGACAUGUGAAUAUUUUAGUUUUCUCGUCUGUUGAAGCGUCAUCACAUUUUUUAAGAUGCCUGCUUAUACAUUUUCUGUUUCCGUUUUGCUCUUUUUUUUUUCAUUUUUACAAACGCUUUGUUACACUCCUUUUCUACAUGUAUAUAUAUAUAUAUAUAUAAAACACAGCCUUCUCCUCUCACUCUGUAUUGUCUCUGACAGACGUGCUCCUCCUGUCGCCCUCUGGCCUCAGGACAGUGGAAGGUUCAUUAGCCAUGCCUGCUGAUAGCUGUUCUAUUAUUCAGUGUAUUGGAAUUCUUUUACCCAUUCAUCUAGAUACUGGAUGUGUGCUUUAGAAAAUA